AUGGAAAGUAAGUCACUAUUAGGCUGUACCUGCAGUUCUCGUUCCCGUUUCUGCCAACCCUAUUAUUUUUUUCCAAACGAUUGACUGUGCAACCCUAUUUUCUCUGGGUGGUUCAUGCAGCGUGCUAAAAUAGCAUCUGUUGUUACACUAAUUGUUGGAUCAAAUCGCCUAACUUCGUCCAUAGGAAAUACGCAUCACUAGUUAAUAUGAUGUCAAGACUCUUAACUGCAAAUCACCCAGAAGAAAACCGCCAAAACCAUGGAAAAAAAAUUCGAAAAAACCUACCGUCACCCUAAUUUUUUUCACGAUAUGAAACUGGAACAACAGGUAUUUUUUUAAGCCUAAUUAUUGAUGAAGCGGAGCGUCCUAUAGCAAUAUUGAAAGAAGACUUGUACACACUUUGGUGCGGCUGAAUAAACUGUGUGUACUGAUGUAGUCAUGGAGGGGUAGAAACUUACAUUAUUCCACACACAGAUGGUAGUCAAGCGUACUUUUAUAGGCUGUGAAUUCCCAAAAACGUUUCAGAAGAACGACAGAUUUUCUGGGCCAUCCCAAAAAAAUCCCCCUAUGGACAAGCUCAGUAAAAUUUGAACCCCCAAGAAAAAAAGAUCAAAGUGCCGGCACACACACACACCCUCAAAAAUUGGCAAACUUUUCCUUAACCCUCAGAAAAAUGCUAAAAUCAAAGCCAAUAGUGCCCCCCCCCCCUAAAUGGAAUCAGUGUGACCAGAUUUGGUAAUUUUAAUUACUUUUGGUAAUAUUUCGUGAUUUUUCUGACUUUUCCGGUAAUUAAAUUUUUUUUAGUAAUUUCUCUUAAAUAAAGUUAGUAAUAUUUCGGUUAUCGCAUGAAAUUCCACCAAAUAUGCCAUAAUGACACAGCCUGUUAUUCAAACAUUCAACGAAAACAGUUGCAGGUUCAUGCCUGCAAAGCUGUACAUCCAAAUUGCAAGCUGCUGGCCCAAGCUGUCCGGCUAAAUGUGCUGAUUGCGGGCUAGGGACGCACGAUCAUCGCGGCACAAUGUCCGCAUUAUGCACAAUUGCAAUCAAAAAGUACAACUGAGAAAGAAAAACAUGGAAAAACAUAGUUUCAGUGAUGGAAAGCAUUUUAGUAAUUUGUUUUACUGAGAUGUUUUAUUGAUUUUCAGACCACUUUGGCUUACAGCAGAAAUUUAGUAAUUUUUUCUACGUUGGUAAUUUUUUGCAUGCUUAUUUAGUAAUUGCCUUGCAAAAUAUCUGGCCAUACUGAAUUAGAGGAGUGCAUCGGAUCGGAUUGGGCGUUUAUAAUCCGAUGAUUGCCUAAUGUUUAAAAUCCGAUCCGAAAUUGUCUAAUCCGAAUCCAAUCCGAGUUUUGAAAAAGAAUUCCAAUCCGAUCCGAUGAAUUCUUUAAUAAAAUAAAUUUCUCAUUCAAGUUGAAAUAUUUAACCAAAUUAACUAUAAAAGCAAGAAAUACAUGUCAAGAAGCUGACAAAGUGACGUCCAAUUAGCCUUUCUCACGAUGACAAAUAUCCAAUUCUUGUUAAAGCCUGGUUCACACUGGUCGUAAGAAUCAGGGAUUUCCACUGCCUGUGAUCAUUGGUGUGUAAAAUGCUUUGUCUGUCGGAAAAGAAUACAAUAGAUCGCCGAUGAAUUACGACCAGUGUGAACCAGGCUUAACCAAUGCAGACAAUUAAAACAAUGUGAAAAGCAAUUUUUCUAAAUAAACUAACCAUUUACAAAGCAAAUUUACCACAUCAUUCGUCCAAAAAAUUUUAAAAAGUCGCUGUUAUGUGGACUUAUCUCGCAGACCUCGACUGAAAUACCACCCAAAAAUGGCGUCGUGAGAAUUAGGCUAAUUGAAGUAUCAAACGAACGAAUCCGAUCAGAUUUGCACACCUCUACACUGAAUGGAAUGGCCUUCUGUUAUAAAAUGUGAUUUUCAUUCCAAGUCAUGAGUCAUGUUUGCCAGCAAUUAUUGUCCAAUAAACAAGAAUUAUUAUUAAGCAAUUAUUAUUACUCAUUUGUAUGAACCAUUAAGCUACAUUGCAUCCUGAUGCACCCUAUUUUAUUAUUUUACUCUAACGCCAGACAAUUUUUCUUGUCAAGGGAUAAGACUGUGAUCCUCAAUGAUAAAUUAUGCCAAUGGUCUAUUAAGUCUAUUAAGGGGGAGCAUCCGUACUUAACUUGCCACAAGAAACAUCAAUUUGACGUUUGUGGGUGUGACUGGGUUAUUUUCUUUGACGUUUGGCCUGUGGCAGUUUGACACUUUUGAAUAUUAGGGGCUUACAUGGACCAGCGGGGCCAAACUGGGCUGAAAAAUGUCACGAAAAUCUUCCUUGGGCCGCAAAAUGAGUUUUGAAUCAGGUUUAGGAUGAUUUUGCAUCUAUAAGAAACCAAUCGCAAAUUUAUUUUACGCGAGUUUUAAAACCACAGUAAGGUCCUAAACAAACGAGUCAGCCCGGUUAACCGGGCACCAUGUAAUCAGCACCUUAAAAAAAGUACAAUAUAGAAUUCUUUUGUACAAUAUACAAUUCUUUUAAAAACACAAAGUGAAGGAAAAUAUACAACUAACAAACAAACUUUCUUACUUCGCCAGACGGUAAAUCAAGGCUUUAGAUUUAUUUUGUUAUGUUUGUUAAUACAAGUAUUUUUGAGUAUUCACACUUGUUUUUUUUCUUACCACGGAUUGAUGUUUCUAGAGUGGGUGGGUGGGUAUGAAAAAGAAACGUCAAAUUGACGUUUCUCGUGGCAAGUUGAGUAAGGAUGCUCCCCUAAAACAAUUUGAUCCUAGACCUAGCAAGAACUGAAAAACAACGCACUUUUUUCGACGAUUUCAACAAUUUUAUACCUUACUUAGUCUUUUUAUUGAACUAGUCAGCGCUAUUAAAUAACAACAGAUCGCCGUUUUUUAUUUCGACAAUCGACAAAAGCCACCAAGUCCAAACCGAUGCCGACCACGUGCAAACCACAAUUCACAAACUUAAUUUAUAUGCCGACAUUUCGCACUAACUUCGACCCCGAUGUGCUAAAAAUGCCAUCUACAUUAGCAAUAUAAGUAUUCUACUACAAAUACUGACAUUAAAUAAAGCAUAUUACCUUCUAAUAAAGGUAUGAUUGAUCAAUAUAUAAACUAGACUUGGUACCAGCAGAAUUCUUACGCCAUAUUUGCCAAACGGACGUCGGAGAAGAAACCGAAACUCGGAACAUUCCGGAAGUACGUCGGAAACCGGAUCAAGUACGAUGCAAGUCGACAAAUUCCGAGGCCCACAAAGUUAUAUUAGGAAGAGAUCAUUUCGCUGGCCGCAAAGUGACAAAACGUAACAAAGCAACGGUUUUAUUAACACUAAUCACUCUAAUCCUACUCCAAACACCAACUCUAACCAUAACCCUAAUCCUAAUCCUUACCCUAAUCUAACCCUACUCCAAAUUUGUUUCUAAACCAAUCUUGAAGAAAAAAGUUUGACGAAAUGUCAUUCUGAGGUCAGCGAAAUAGUUGAUGCCAAGUUUUUAGGGACCACACAUUAUUUAAUAUUGUACAUGCACAGACAUUGGGGAGAAACUGGGGGGGGGCUUCAAAUUUUUUAAAACCUGAAAGGGGGGCUUUGAAAAAAUACAGAGAAAAGAAAGAAGGGCGGCUUUGAAAAGAUUUACCAGUUUGAAAAAAACAGUAGCAUAAAGUUUUAAAAAUGUAUCACAAAACAACCGACUUAACAACAAAUAACAAUGUUUAUAGACCUUUAAUAUUCAUAAAUGGAAGCCAAAUAAAAAGCAGUCUCUUAUGUUCAGUGUAAAUUGACAAUUCCCAUUAUAGACUAAUUUUAGAACUAGGCAAAGAGAUGCAAAUCAAGGCCGGAUUUUGGUGAAAAUAGUGGGGGAGGUGGAAAAAAAUGUUAGGGGAGGUGCAGCGGUCUAGCUUACAACCCCCAUGGAAAGUUAGGGCUUAUUGUAGAACAGGCCAAUAUCAACGAGGUGAGAUAUGCAUGUAGUGUACAUAUGUACCAGUGUAUUAAUGAAUUAUGAAUGUAUGACUCCAAUCUUGCCCUAAUCAUUACAAUUGCUACAAAGUUUCUUUCAAAACAUUGCAUUAAAAGGGUACUUGACACAGAGAUGAAUGGCUAUCACUGUUUCAAUUUUACAGAGAAAACUUUCUUACGUCACGAAGUGUAGAUCCUAAGCAACCAUCACAUUUUCACUUUGUUCCAUCAUUGAAACUAAUUCCCAAGGGGAGGUGCAUGACCUUUCAGGAGAGGUGCAAAACGAUCUCAGGGGAGGUGCGCCCUCUCCACACCUCCCUCAAAAUCCGGCCUUGAUGCAAAUAAAUCACCACAGCUAGAAAGAGCAUACUAAAAUAAGUAAAUUAUUGCAAAAUUUGGUUGCGAAUUGUUGCAAAAUACGGAAAAUAUAGCUUUGCAAAGUUUGCAAAUUUUGUACACUUUUGUAUUGCAUGCGAAAAUUGCAAUUAUAUAAAAGAAUACAAAAUUUGCAAACUUUGGAAGGCUAUAUUUUCUACAUAUUUUACAACAUUUUGCAACCAAACUUUGGAAUUUUAGUAAUUUUAGUAUGCCCUUCCCGGGAAUAUACUUUUUUUGCUAAGAUAAAAAAUUAGUCUAUAAUGGGAAUGUCUAUUGGUCCCCAUUACCUAGUAUUUUUCUUUCUCUAAAAUAAAUAGCUAGAGUUUUUGUUUCUCUAAAUAAAGAUAAAGAGCUAGAGGGGGGGGGGGCAAAAUUUAUGUUCUUGUUUUGCCUGUUGGGGGGGGGCUAUGAAAAUUUUACUUGUCUUAAGAGGGGGGCAACGAAAAAAUAUUACAACUCUAGAGUUUCUCCUCAGUCCCCCCCUGUACAAUAAAUAAUGAGCGGUCCCUUACUGAGACCGAGGGAAACAGUGUGUUUUGUGGACCCGAGACCGUCGAUAUUUCCCGAGGCGAAACCGAGGGAAACAUCGACAGUCGAGGGUCCACAAAACACACUGCUUUCCCGAGGUCUCAGUAAAUAAGUGUUUUAUUAUAUAUCAAAGAAACAACAAAUUAAAGAACAAAUGAACGUAAAUACAUAAAAUAUUUUAUUGUUAAAACGUUUUAUAUAAUACCUUAUUGAAUUCUGAUCGUUUAAUUGGCUGUUUAUGGUCACGUGAUAUUGAAUAGAAAAUUCCAUUUCCCAUGCAAGAGUGCAAUGGAAUACGUUCCAUUGCACUCUCUGCGAGUGCAAUGGAACAAAACGUAUAGUACAAUUGCACUCUUUGUGUUUUCGAUAAAUCGCAUCCCUUAAAAUGCUUCUCAUACGAAUCUAUUAGUCUAUUUUGGUAUUAUAUAAAACAAAUAAUGAUUCGGUGAAAGAUGGAAUGUUCCAUUCAACUCGGCUGUCGCCUCGUUGAAUAGAACAUUCCAUCUUUCACCUCAUGAAAAUAUUCUUACCAUUGCACUCAUAAACAUUCAUUAUUUGUAUAAUAUUAAACACUGGCUACACUGCAGUUACUUAAAGUGAAAGUUUUAAUUACGUACUAGGCAUGUCCAAGGGUCGCAUCUUCACGUGAUGGCGCACGUGAUUUUUUUGUUUAUUCGCCGGUCGAUAACGUAUUAUCUCCCUCUCGCGCUGUUGCGAGGGAGACAGCCUAAUUUCGUCACUCUCACGUGAUAUGCUCUCAACCAAUAAAACACUAGAAAAAUGCGACUUUGACUAUUGAUAUAUAAUAAUAUAUUUUACCUCUUGGCGGCGUUUUGCGUGCAUGGUUAGAUCACGCGCAGGACGCCCCCAUCUUGUGUGUAUGUUCUUGAAUAUUGUCUACAUUAGAAUGAUUUGAUGUUGUACAAAAUUCACUGCUGAUUUAAACAUGGUUAGAUCACACAUGCACAGAGACCUCUUUUGAAUGCGAAAUAAAACUAAAAUAUCUGCUAUCCAAUAUUCUUCUUCAGAUUCUCCAAAAGCUCAUCAAAAAGUGCCUGAACCAAGUGAAGAAAGACAAGUUAACGUCGAUUGCAAUUCCUGCCAUCGGUACAGGAAAUUUGCGUUUCCCGCGUCCAGAAGUUGCGAAAAUCUUUUUCGAAGAAGUGACAGGCUACCUCACUGCGCAUCCUCAGUCGACCAUUAAUGACAUUCGCUUUGUAGCGUAUGGUAAAGACCAGCCAACGGUGGAUGCAUUUCUAGGUUUGUUGUGUAAUUGAGCAUCCGUAUUAGUUUGUAUUUUCUCAAUCAUUUAUCAACCUGAUUAUUGCACCACUAUUGUUGCGCCAUGUAAAACGUACACGGUAAAAUGAUCGCUAUUCAAUAACGUUGUUCCACAAUUAUCUUCUUAAUAGGUGCAGUUCAGGAAAUCAAAUCCAUGGUUUUAUUGCCUUCUCGCAAGACCGCCCCGGUUCCAGUUCCAACAGUCAGAAAGAAUCCGCCUACAAAAGUGCCUGGUCUUAGCAAUGUCACCACGAGUGAAAAGCCUGACGGGUCGCUAGAACUCUCCCUCGGAAGCAGAAACCUCACAGUUCAAAUCGUUUGCGCUGACAUCAGCAAAGAAACGACCGACCUUAUCAUGCACGUGACCAGUCAAGAUUUUUCCUUCAAUGGUGGAGUUGGAAAAGCUCUCAUAAAAGCUGGGGGUGAUAGCAUCGUUCAGGAAUGCAAGGCUUUCGGACAACCUGCCCUCUUUUCGACCCACUACACAAAAGCAGGAAACUUAUCCGUAAAUCAAAUUGCCCACGUUAUCGGACCAGGCAAGCCAAGCUACCCAGACCUGAAAAAAUGUUUGGAUAAUUUUUUCGAUGAUGUUAUGAAGAAAAAUAUUGCCAAGAUUUCUUUUUCCGCCAUAGGAGCAGGCGCAAUGGGUUUCUCCGAAAGUCAAUCCGCUGAUUUAAUCUUUGAUAAUUUGUCCAGGAUUGCAGAGUCGCAAAAUCCGCCUUUAAAUUUAGCCCGCAUUGUCAUUUUCGAAAAGGCAAAGUUUAUUAAAUUCAAAGACGCAACCAAAGCAUAUGUUGCCUCCGGGGGUGCCACUAGUUCGAGCCCGCAGCCAGGAGGAUCGUCUCCUAAACCGCGUUUCUUCUCUUUUGGUUCGAGAAGAGCCGUUAGCACUAAGACGGCGGGAGGAGGCGGCGACACGUCAAUCAAGAUAUAUUCAGAUGACAAGAAGAUGAUGGACCAAGCCUGGGCAGAGUUGCAACGAAAGAUGAAUCAAAAUAUUCAGGAGAAGACCGUGAAGGAUGACAUCAUCAAGAAAUUUACUGACAGCAAUCUUGAGAAGCUGCCUAAACUGGAGUGUGAUCAUGACGUUAAGAUUAAGGUUGACAAGGGCAAAGGGAUGGUUACGAUAAAAGGAUAUAUUGCUGACGUUGCAAAUGUUCAAUUUGAGAUACAUAACAUUGUGGAGGAUAUCAGAAACAACGAAACUAGUGGUAAGAAUUUGAUGUACUAAGUUUUAUUUGUUUUUAUUGGCCUGAUUCUUUAUCAAAUACAAGACGACUGCAUAUAUGUAAUGAUAAAGAAUGAACACUGACUUUUUUUCGCUGUAGUGACUGCUGACUGUAUCUGUUGUACUAUUAUGCCUACUGACAGCCACUAUUCCCCAGUCUAUUAUCUACUAACCUUUUUGUGUGCUUUUUAAGUUCCAAGUUACUGGACUAUUGCACCAACUGAAAGCGUAUUUCACAAGGUCGUCCUGUCCACCGGCAGUAAGGAAUACAAGGACAUUGAAACUGCAUUCAGAAAAACUGCUGCGAAUCAAAUUGUCCACAUCGAAAGAAUACAAAACAAAAGAAUUUAUGAGUUGUAUAAUGUAAAACGCAAAGGACUGAUGGAUAAGUACGGCAGCAACUUUGCUGGCAAAGAAUUGAUGCUCUUUCAUGGCACCUCACGCGAAAAUAUUGAGAAAAUUAAUGCUGGUGGAUUGAACAGAAGCUUCGCAGGGAUACAUGGUAAGUCUCGAAAAGUGUACAUUAUAUUUCGUCAUUUUUGUCGUCAUUGAUUUUAAGUAAUAAUAAAUGUGCGCAUGUUGUUGAUACCGCUGUUGUUGCAGUUGCUGGUUUUGUCGUCAUUGUUGUUGUUGUUGUUGUUGUUGUUGUUGUUGUUGUUGUUGUUGUUGUUGUUGUUGUUGUUGUUGUUGUUGUUGUUGUUGUUGUUGUUGUUGUUGUUGUUGUUGUUGUUGUUGUUGUUGUUGUCGUUGUUGUUGUCGUUGUCGUUGUCGUUAUUGUUGUUAAUGUUGAUCUUGAUGUUGUUGUUGUUAUUGCUGUUGUAGGCCGUGGGCUGUUGGCCAAAAUUAUUUCGCUUCGUGGCACCCAUGUGGGAAAUACUUGGUUUGGGGUUUAUUUGAAAGGCAUAUAGGUACAUCACUACCAAAAAAAGUUCCCAAGCAAAAAAGUUGCCCAAUCCCGAGAAAAUGGGUGAUCAAUGAUUAUCCUCUAUUAAAUUGCAUUACAGCAAAAAAAUGGGAAAUUCUGUAUUCAAUUACAAUAAAAAUGACUUGCAUCAUCGGAAAGCGUAUAAAAAACCGCAUAUAAGACUUUUUUAAUAAACAGUUUUUUUAUUUUUCAAAUAGUCUUUUAAACAGUUUUUUGAUUUUUCAAAUAGUCUUUGAGUUAUUGCUGUUUUAAAUGUGAAAAUUGGACCAAAAACUCGCAAUAAGGACUGGGUACUAGGUCAAAAACGCGUUUUUGACAGCGUAUAACUCGAAAACAAUUUUAGAUAUAAAAAAAACUGUUUAAAUGUCUUUUAUGUAGGUUUUUGUAAGCUUUCUGAUAUUGCAAGUCAUUUUUGUUGUAAUUGAAUACAAAAUUUUACAUUUUCUUGCUGUAAUACAAUUUAAUAGAGGAUAAUCACUCAUCACCCAUUUUCUCGGUGUUGGGCAAGUGUUUUGCUUGGGAACUUUUUGUGGUAAUUAAGCAUCUAUGGUUCUAUGAAUUGAACCACAGAAAAUCUAUUUCCCAGGAGGGUGCCACGAAAUUGCUUUUCUAGGCGCUUUUUCGCACAACAGCCCACGGCCUAUUGUUGUUGCUGUUAGCUGUUGUUGUUGUUGCUGUUGUUGUUGUUGCUGUUGUUGAUGCUGUUGUUGUCGAUUUGUUGUUGUUGUCGACUUGUUGUUGUUGUCGACUUGUUGUUGUUGUUGUCGACUUGUUGCUGUUGUUGUCGUUUUUGUCGUUGCUGUUAUUGUCGUUAUUGUUGUUGUUGUUGUUGUUGUUGUUGUUGUUGUUGUUGUAUAGUUUGCAGUGUUCUUUCAAUGCAUAUUUUCUGUUUUUCUAGCCACUGUUUAUGGCAGAGGUGUUUACUUCGCCCGAGACGCCAGCUAUUCCUGUAAUCCUACCUAUUCACCAAUGGACCCGCAAAGUGGUCAUCGCUACAUGUAUUACGCCAAAGUUUUGGUCGGAGAUUACACAAACGGAUCCUCAACUAUGAUAGUACGACCAAAUAAAAAUACCACUGAUCCGAACGAAACCUAUGACUCGGUGGUCGACAACGUUGCAAGCCCAAGCAUCUAUGUCCUGUUUCAAGAUUAUGAAUAUUACACUGAGUAUCUUAUCACUUUUAAAUAACUUUUAAAUAACUUUGAGGUAGCAUACUUAUAAUCACGUUAAGUAGAAUAAAAUAUAAUCUGUUAGAAGUAUAUUAUUGAAUCAGAAAUUUCGAUGACUUGAGGAAACAUCAAUAAUAAUUGUUAGUGUUAUCAACUUUAUUUUAAGAGGGUGUGCACAUGGCAGUAAAAAGUAUAACAAACCAGUAACCUUUCAACAAUUAUCGAUCAUAAGCUAUAUACGAUACAAAUUAGAAUAAAAUCACAUAAAUACAGUAUAGGAAUUGCGAAACUUGAAGAGUACUUCGAUCACAUUGCUAGAAAUUUAUGUCAGCACAUGAUUCUACAGUAACUUGGCAAUUAAUGAACAUCAGCUUCUUU